AUGCAAGUGAAAGUAAAGACAUUAACAGGCAGAGACAUCUUGGUUGAUAUCGAACCUACCGACAAGAUCAUCCGCAUCAAGGAAAUGAUGGAGGAAAAGGAAGGCAUCCCGCCAUCCCAGCAAAGAUUGAUCUUCAACGGUCUGCAAUUGGACGACGAUAAGAACGUCCAGGAAAGCGGCAUCACAGCUGGUGCAUCCUUGCACUUGGUGUUGACCUUGAGAGGUGGGUGCUGA